UUCUCACUUCAACAGCAACAUCAGAAGCAUCAGCUUAAAGUCAAACAAUCGCACCAUGAACUUCAACAAGAUCUUCGUUUUCGUCGCCCUCAUCCUGGCCAUUAGCUUGGGACAAUCCGAGGCUGGUUGGCUAAAAAAGAUUGGCAAGAAACUCGAACGUGUUGGCCAGCACACUCGAGAUGCCACAAUCCAGGGUUUGGGAAUCGCUCAACAAGCCGCCAAUGUUGCUGCCACCGCCAGAGGAUGAAACCACCACACGCACAAUAUUUAUUUAUUUUAGUCUUUAGUAAAUAAAACAGACUUUAGAAAAAGAGCUUCAUUUUAUAUUAAAGAUUUUUAAUCUUGUAA